CCGUGACAGCGGAGGUCUCUACUGAGAAAACUGUGUCCAUUAGCAAAGUGAUUCCCUUGACCAAUUUCAUAAAGACUAGAGCAAAUGUAUUUGAAGCCACUACUGUGAUUGGAAGGAGAGUUAAGACAAAUCUUUUAGCUGGAAUGGAGCAUCAUUUUCCUAACAUUGAGCAAAACCUUCUCUAUGCUACAGCCAUUCUAUUAGACCCAAGAUUCAAAAAGGUGCCAUUUCAGAAUCAGGCGGCUCUAAAAGCGGCAGAAAAAGAAGUUGGACGUUUGGUCAGUGCAAGCCUUGCUGAAUCGCGCGCUACCGAUCGGGCUGCAUAUGAGGCAGCGAUGGAGGAGGGUGCCGAUGCUGACCCUGAUGUCGUUGUGGACCAGGACGACCCGUGGGCGGCAAUUGAUGAGCAGGUGCGGGAGUCGAAUAGAAAAGCAGAUGGUGACCGUGUGGGAGGGCUGCCGGUGGAACUGAAGCAAUUUUUGAACCGUCCGCCGGUCGACAGGAAGUCCAAUCCGAAUCCUCUUAAGUCGUGGCAAAGUCUGAAAGGGGAGUACCCGAAUGUGUGGCGCGCUGCCCUUAAAAUCUUUACCAUAGUUGCUACCUCCGUCCCGUGCGAGCGGCUUUUUUCACAUGCUGGAAUAAUUGCCAACCAGCUAAGAUCCCGGUUGUCUGGACAUCACCUCGACAUGCUAGUCUUCCUCCGGAAUGUCACGCCGGAAGAAUGGUUUCAAGGUUUUGCCAAGGCGCAUGGCCCUGGAUAG